AUAUUUCUUCCUCUCCCGGUUCAAAACGCCAACCCACUUGCACAAUGGCUUCACCAAGCCAACGUGUAAAGACGGCUUAAAUCGCUCAGCUACGCAUCGUAUCUCCAUUCCAUUUCUCUCUCUCGAUAAUCGGGUGAAAAACCUCUAAAAGUCAAUCAUGUCAAGACAACCGCAACUUCCGCCUCGCUGCCCAAUUUCGAAGUCGAAUUCUCUCGACCCGCCCUCUUCGGGCACGUUCCACGAUGAAUACUCUCGUACCCGACUUUACAAAUCUCUGUCACAAAGUUUCGAUAUGGAGGAACAGCCGGAAUGGCUAGACGAUCUGUUGGGUGAUUGGGACCCGGGGUUCAAGUCAAAGUCUCAUCGACGUGCAGCUAGUGAUUCCGGCACUGUUUUCGAUGAACUUGUCGACUUGCCGAAUGUGAAGACGGAAAAAGACGAUGACACUGCUGUGCCCGCAUUGGAUUCGGAUUGUAAAUACGGUCCUAAUUCGCCUCGGAGCAAGGAUAAAGUAUCGGUUCAAGAAAACGCUAUCGUUUCGGCUUUAUCGGAGUAUGCUUCUCAUGGUCCAAUGCAGUAUGUUAAUUCAGAUCCUUUGGUUUCUGUAGAGAAUCCUGCUGGUGAAGCCGAUACGGAUGCUAAACCGUUUAAAAGGCACUCUGCACAACGGUCACGAGUGCGUAAACUUCAGUAUAUAGCAGAACUGGAAAGAACUGUUGAGAAUUAUCAGAAUAUUGUGUCAGAAUUGGUUGUUAGAGUUAAAUCUUUGGGUGAGCAGCGUGUUUAUAUGUCGAUAGAAAACAAGCAACUUAAACAGCAGUUAGGCAGGCUGCAGCAGGAAAAGUUUGUCAAAGAACGCCAGUACCAGCUUAUGAGAAAUGAAGUUGAGGGGUUGAAACGUAAUUUGGCGUAUUCACGCAAUGGCAACAAGGGAAGAACGCAUUUUAGGUCGAAUUCUAGCGGCGAUGUGGAGAAAUUGAAUGUAGAACCGAAUUGGCGUAUGAUUGACAUGGGGAAGCUUCAUAUUAACUGAAGAAUUUUGGCAUCAAGGUAAAGAUGGUGAUGAUGAUUUUCUGCAGAUUGCAUACAUUUUAGGUAGCAUUAGACGCUCUUUUUAAAAAAAAUCCCAAUGGAUAUUGUGUUUAUGAUAUCCCAUUUGUUAAAAAAAAGGGGGACAAAGCUAUGUAGCAAUCUUUGUUUAAGAAAAAAAGAACUGUUAUUAACUGAUUUAACUCCAAGGUUAGAAAAGCCUUGCAUGAUCAAUGGACCGGUUCCAACUUUGUCUGA